UGAACAGUUCAGUAGCAGACGCACCAUCGUCCGAGUCAGUCGUAUUGCUCCGCGGACCCGCGCUAUACCAUCUCGUUCUAUAUAGCCGAAACAUUUGAAGUUGUUUCUAUUUUUAUUUUUAUUUAUAUUUAUUUUUGCAUCCAUCCAAAAAAAGUUGUGGUGAAGGUGAAAAUACACUCGCAGAAAUCGCAGACGAAAGAGAAAACUCGUUCGUACUUUCAUUUCGUCAAUGAACCAGUUGUAUUAUAGUGUACCGACAUGAUAACAGUGCUCACGUUAUUGUGAUCUUUCGUGCACACCUUUUUUUUGUUUUGUUUUUUUUCGGAAUUUUAUCGUCACACUUCAAUAUUCUAGGCUGCAUCUCAACGACUUCAGGCUUCAACCAUGGUUGCUUCGGGACUUUACCUGCGGCUGUUUGUCAUUAACACCGUGAUGACAGGUUUCUUCUUUACGGUCGGCUCCAUCGAGCUGUCAAUGUCAAAUAGCGUUGGCGAAGCGUUCAACUGUCCCGCAGAAGUGUGUCGAUGCGGACUCGACCCCCGCGGCCGUGUUAAAGUCGUGUGUGACAGAGGCGAUCUGGGAGACCCCAUCCCCAUAAGAGCCAUGGAUCCUCUGACCGAGGUGCUAAUUAUAGCAGCACCCGAUGACAAGCCGAACUCGUUAACGAUCGGUCCCAUCUUCCAGAGUCUAGCAAAAUUAGAGCAGCUGAAAAUCACCAAUUCGUUCGUACCGGCUAUUGGCAAACAUUCGUUCUGGGGUCUUCGGUCGCUCAGGACGCUCGACCUAUCGCUGAACAAUAUAUCAGCACUGGUAGAGUCCAAUUUUCGGGGCCUCAUCACUUUAGAGGAUCUACUCCUGGAUGGUAACAUCAUAGAUUCCAUUCCUUCGGCGGCAUUCCGCCAUCUUCCGGCCUUGAAACGCCUCUCGCUGGCGCGCAACCAUCUCUCGGAAUUCGUGCCGCGCCUCUUCUACGGACUUCAUCGACUGGAAGAGCUCGAGUUGAGUGACAAUCCGUUGCAAGAACUGGAACCCGAAGUAUUCCGCGACGUCCGCCUCCUGCGCACUUUGCGCUGUCGUCGAUGCCGUUUGACGUACAUCAAUCCGCUGCUUCUGCACUUGCUCCCCGACAUCGUCACGCUCGAUUUGGGCGAAAACGGCUUUCAUUAUCUCGACAAAAAUGCCUUCGGAGAUCUUCCCAAACUUCGGCAUCUUUACUUGGACGGCAAUCAGGUGACGGUGCUCACCAGCGGCGUAUUAACAGGCCAUAACCUCACGACAUUAUCGCUGGCGCGGAAUAGGAUGAUGACGGUAGAUCCCGCCGCCUUCGUCAAUGUCAGCGUCACCGAACUGGAUCUGUCUAGCAACCGCCUCCAGAGUUUGGACCCUUUCGUCUUUUUGCCACUCAAUCAGUCCCUUCGUCGGCUUAAAAUUGGAGCCAAUCCGCUUCAGGUCUCUCACCUCUGGUCGUCGAUUCUCAGUCCGCGAGUGCAACUCAAUCUGAGCGAGCUUGACGUAGCAGAUAUUCCCAUCGGCCGCGAUCAGCACUUCCAAACGGAUCUCUUCUCCUUCCAUCAUGGAAUCAAAAGCCUGAAUCUCUCCGGCACCGCUUUUAAUUACUUGCCAGUCGAGGUUAUACGAUCACUACCGUCCCUGCGUCAGCUGGAUUUGUCCUUCAACAAACUGUCGAGUCUCACGGAUCUAUCCCUUAGCGCCCUAUCGGCUCUGCAGGGCUUACGGCGCAUUUACUUACACGGCAAUCCAUGGUAUUGCGACGCUUGCGUCAUUGGCCCAAUGCUAAAAUGGUUGGACAUUUCACCGGCCAGUCGUCACAUUAAAGACGGUUGCAGAGGACUUAAGACGAACGCCGGCAACUUAACGGCCGACUAUAUCAACGAUGACGGAGCUCAGCCAUGUCCAGUUUGUCAAGAUCCGCCCUCCGUGGCCGGAGUUGAAUUGCCUCGACUGGACCACGUCAAUCUACCCACUUGCAACUAUCCUCCAAUGCUAAUCGAUUCGCAAGGUUUGCCCAGCAAACCGGCCACAGCUGCCGGUGCAACUUUGACGCCAAUGGGACGCUUUGUUAUCUUCCUGGAAAAUCCACUCUAUCUGGCACUUGUUUGUGGCGUCGCAGUGCUUUUAGUGGCAGCCGUGUGCGCCGCCUUGGCCAUCGUGUCACGUCACGCGGCUUCUUACUACACCAACGAGGGAAAACGUAGCAAAACUGGCCAACCGGUUGACCCGGCAGUGAGUGACGAGAGCGAAGGCCUAUUCCCUUUGACUGCAAGAGUUGGGCACAGAGGACGCAUUCUGAAAGUAGAAAAGAAGGCGACCGAGCAGCGAAUGGACGCCAUUGAGAAUGAAAGCCAACUGCUCAGCAAAAAUAACAACGGUAGAAUAAAAGACGAAACGGCUGAACAAGUAUCACCAUCGUCAGCAAGGACCAACGGCGUCGUUGCCAUCACAGUAACGAGUCGUGGCGUCCACUGUCCGGCAUACCCGCCCGUUGAACAGCCCGAACGCUCACUGUUUUGAAGACGGAAUCGCAUUUCAUUCCUUUUUCGUUGUACAGCAAGAUCGACUCAUUAAAUAAUUGUCACCCAACUGUAAAACACCAAUUCAAUCUCAUGGAAAAAUAUUUGAAAGAAAACAAAAAAAAAAAACCCUUGCCUUUUGGAAUGAAUGGCUGAUGUGCAAAUGAUGUGUGAUUCAGGCGAUGAUUGUCGGUCGAUAGUGUUUUACCACGGGGACUGUUCUAGUGCCUUUGGGAGAUCAUCUUGUUUUUCUUCUAAAUCUUUGACUCGACUUGGCAAAGCGUGCGAAUUUCGAUUCAGAGGAAAAGCACAGCUCUAAAUUGUUUGAUAACAAGCGCGUUGAUCAUCUAUUCCCUCCUCAUCAAUCAACUAUUCACUUCACCUUCAUCAUGACGUUUCACCAAUGCAAAGUGACGAGAUUUCCCACAAGUGCAGCAUGUCAAGUAAGCCGGGCCGUGCGAAAAUGAAACGAUAGUUUGUAGUAGUUCGUUUUGAUACGUUUCGUGUCUACGUGACUGAAUUGUGGAUGCAGAACGACAUGCCAUUUGUAUUUCACGAUGUUUCGAAGGGGGAAAAAAUACCUGCGUCUUCUAUAUUUCUGUUUCUUUGAAGCAAAUCGACGUGGCAUUGAUUUUGAGUGUCAAGUAUACGUACACACGUCAGAACCGCAAUCGGGUGAACUACAAAGUUUCCAAACAAUACAGUGCGUAAUAUACGUUCACACAUAUAAAACGGUGCCUUCUAUAUCUAGAGAGCACAGUGUUCAUGAUGCGGAAGAAUUUGUUCCAUGACGUGCGUUUGUCUUUUUUUUGUGUGUGUACCGGUUUCAAUUUUGUGUGUGUGUCCUGUUCAUAUAUAUAGUUUCUAUUGGCAUCGUCUCAUAUAAAGUCUUAGACACACAAUCUCGUGAUUCGUGGCACGUAGAACUGUAAAGGCAGCAUGCACGAACAGAUUCGCUCUAUCCGUUUGAAAGAACAAACAAAACAAAACAAUUUCGUUAUGUGUCCCGCAAUAUACUUAACAUCCUUUAAAAAACGGAAUAGUACCGAGGUGAAUCUGCAUUUUGGUACGAUUAUAAAUGUCAUACAGCAUACGUUUAUACAAACAUAUGAUUAUAAUGGAAAAUUCUAAAUAUCUUAUAUUGUUGUCAACAUGUCAAGUGAAAAUACAUCGUUCAAAUGAA